CUGCCCCCCCCCGCCCCGAGCCCGGGCGCUUCCUUCCGGCCGGCCCCGGGCGGCCGCCUCGGGGGGCGCCACUCCGCGGCCAUGGACCCGGCCGGCUACCAGUACGCUCCGCAGAACUAUGUGUACGCGCAGCAGGGGCCCGGGCAGGCGGGCGCCGGGCCGCCGCCCGCGUACAGGACGCACGCGGUGCCGCAGCACCUGCCACCGCACCAGCUGGCGCAGCCGCCGCAGCAGAUGCCGCAGGUGCAUCAGCUGCAGCAGGCGCCGCAGCCGUACCCGGGCCAGGUUCAUAGGAUGGUUCCCAACGCCGCCGUCGGGCUGGACCUGAACCGGGACGGCAAGGCGGACCUGAUCGUGGCGGGGGCCGACUACAAUCAGGACGCGUGGACUGACUGACUGCGGGCGGCGCGGUGCUGUUCGCGAACGCCGGGGGCGCGACGCAGCCCGCGCCGGAGGCCCACCACGAGCAGCAGGAGGAGCCCCUUCGGGUGAGCCUCACGGUGCCCGAGGGCGCGGCCCCCGGC